AUGUUGCCACCCUGUCUCAACCGAGUGUUUGUAGUCAGGCCCGACCAGAAGCUCAGUCGUGUACACGUAUCUAGCUUGGCUCAUCCCAAACUUUCUGUCGAGGAACAGAGGACAAGGAACGUCAAUGUCACUAACGGGAGCCUGGAAUCGGAGGCCAGAAGACCGCACAAACUGAUGAUCAAGCGGCAAGGUUGUCUGGCACGAGUCUGGCUGAACGACGAAAAUGUCCUACCAGCAGGGCAGGCCCGUCUACUGUUGCAAUCGCAGGUCCCCUGCGACAUGCAGGACCGACUGACCUUUCGAGUUCCAAAGGCAAUUAAGUCGGCAAAUAAGGGUGGGCAAAUUUUUAUGCUAAUUGGUUUUGUUCAUUUAACUUGA